AUGGAGCUACAGGGUGUUCUUGGCGGUCUUGUCACGCAGCCAAGUUUCCUCGACGCGAUUGGCAAUCCCAGCCCCAGUUUCCUCGGUCUGAUCGUGGCGUUAUACAACAUUGGAUGCUUGGCAGGGUGUAUCGUGGCAUCUCUACUUGGGAACAAAUGGGGCAGACGGAAGAUCAUCAUCUGGGGAUGUGUCAUUAUGAUUGUUGGUGGCAUCAUCCAAUCAGCAACCUACGGGGCAGCCCAACUCAUCGUGGGAAGACUCAUUUCCGGCGUUGGGAAUGGCAUGAACACGAGUAUAGUACCAGUUUAUGUUUCUGAAUGUACCCGUGCAAAGCGUCGUGGACGAGCCGUUGCGAUGCAACUUUCCAUUGUCAUUUUCGGUACAGUUGUGGCCUAUUGGCUAGACUACGGAACUAUCAAGCAUCUGAGUGGAGAGGUUGUUUGGAGAUUUCCGAUCGCUUUCCAGAAUGUUUUUGCCCUCGUUACAGUUGCGACCCUCCCUUUUCUCCCGGAAACUCCGAGAUGGCUCUAUUCGCACGAGUUCCGCGACGAGGCAAUCAGUGUCCUUGCUCGGUUAUACGACUGCCAGGAAGAUGACCCUGUCAUACAAUCGGUCACACAGGAGAUUGAAUCAGCCUUGAGACUUGAACAUCAGACCACCAAGUUCUCUAUCAAGGACCUCGUCAACGACAAGACACCUAUCAAGAAGACACGUAGACUCGUUCUCUGCUUCAUGAUCCAAUUUUGGCAACAAUUCACCGGAAUCAACGUGAUUGCCUUCUACGUAACGAUCGUUCUCGAGACCAACGUUGGUUUGUCAAAGAAUACGAGCAGUCUUGUCGCCGGAUGCAUUCAGAUCGCCUUUUGGCUUGCCACAUUCCCUCCCAUGUUCUUGCUCGACAGGGUCGGACGUCGGCCUAUGCUUAUGCUAGGUUCUGUAAGCCUCCUGACCGCUAUGGCUGUCUUUACGGCUGGAAUCGCGGUCAAUACGUCUUCAACGUCUGCGAUGGCUCUUGCAUUUCUCUUCGUUUACGAGAUUUCUUUCGGCAUGUCUUGGAACGCCAUUCCUUGGUUAUAUGCCCCAGAGAUUACUCCCCUCGAUAUGCGUCACGUUGGUUCUUCCAUUGCCGCAUUUUCAGAGUGGUUAUGGACUUUUGUCAUUGCUCUCGUUACACCGUAUGCCAUCGACACUGCAGGUUGGAAGUUCUAUCUCCUGUUCUGCAUCAUGAUUCUUCUCAACAUCCCAUUUACUUUCUUUUUCCUACCAGAGACGAGCGGAAAGACCCUGGAGGAGCUCAAUUAUGUCUUUUCGGAACAAGGAUUCAUCCCAAGCCAAAAUCCUUCCCCUACAGCCACUAUGCAGCCAGAUAGCAAGGAAGAUGUCUCAGGAGAAUGCCGCCAAGUGGAGAAGAAGAUUUGA